GGGGUUUCUGUGUGUGCUGAAAAGCUUUCAGAGAGCAGAGCAGCUGAUCAGUCAGCAGCAGACUUCAGGCUGCACACAGUCUCCCCCACGCACGAUGCCGUCUCCGGUCCCCGUGACUCGUCUGCUACCCAAAGAUAUCUACCCCUCCCUGGACUUCGGGACCUGCAGCAGUCCGCUGGCCAAAUACUCCCUCGGUACUACCUUACAAGUUCCCGUUCAGCGGCUCCACGGCAAAGUUGGCAGCCGGCUCUGGUCCACUGUGAUCCACUGGAAGGAGCUGCGCUCCGUGCAGCCUGUGGGCUCCGGGGGGUUCGGCUCCGUGUACAGGGCCGAGUACCUGGGGGACACCGUCGCGCUGAAGAAAGUCAAGAAGUGCACCAAGAACAAGCUGGCGUCCCGGCAGAGCUUCUGGGCCGAGCUGAACGCAGCACACCUGCGCCACGGAAACGUCGUGCGCGUCAUCGCGGCGACCACCUGCAUGCCGUCGGAUUUGGGAGAUGAAGGCAGCAUCGGAGCGAUACUGAUGGAGUUCGUGGGGGACAGAAAUCUGCAUCAGAUGAUCUACGGGUGUGAUGAGCUGGAGGACAGGUGGCUCAGGUACGCCACAGACAUUGCAACCGGCUUGCGCUUCCUUCACUCCCACAGCGUUGUGCAUUUGGACAUCAAACCAGCCAACGUGCUGGUGUCCAGUGAAGACGUCUGCAAAAUUGCCGAUUUCGGCUGUUCUCUAAAACUGGACCUUGGGUGUGAAGUGAACUCUCUCAGCCCCAGCCUGAGCCACGUAGGCGGCACGUACACGCACAGAGCCCCGGAGCUGCUGAAAGGUGAGAGACUGUCUCCUAAAGCGGACAUCUUCUCUUUCGGGAUCACCUUGUGGCAGCUGAUCACCAGAGAGCAGCCCUACUCUGGCGACAGGCAGUACGUGCUCUACGCGGUUGUGGCGCACAACCUGCGGCCGCCUGUUCAGGAGCACCCGGUGUUCCGGUCGGAGCAGGGGGGGCUGUGUAGGACUCUGCUGAGCCGGUGCUGGAGCGGGGAUGUCUGCUGCAGACCCAGUGCCCAGGAGCUGCUGCCUCACCUGGAGCAGCUGACCUCCCAGAUAUGAGUUUGUUUUAAAGCUGGUGUACUGCAGCUGGGGGGGUUCAUUACAUUGACAUGUUUUAGGAACAUUUUAUUGGAUGCUCUCCUGCAGUGUCAGUUUUACAGCACGAAGCAGAGGGCUGCACAUUCUUAAUGCCGAAUCUCCUUUAAAAAAAAAAAUGAAGUGCCUUCAUGUUUGUGCCUUACGAAAUUUAAUUGUGAGAAUGCACGAAGAUGUAAUGUUUCAGGUCGGCACAUGCAGACAAGAUGUGGUUAUUUCUACUCAGUUGUUCUCUUGUUAAACCUCAUUGUUAAGGUGUACAAUGUGCCAGCACUCUCCAUUACUGGUCCCUCUAAAUACAAAUGUUUUAAAGUGUAUUCACCGUUAACACUUCAUGUGAAUCAUCCACAAGGAGUUGCUGUGACACUUUGUUUUAGCCAAUUUUCUUAAACUAUGGAUUCAAAAUGUGUCGUGUAUUGAGUUUUAUUUGCCAUGUUGAGAUUGUAAUGUGAGAUUUAGGUUUUCAAUAAAAAUAUUUUUAUAAUAUGC